CCGCCCCGGUUUGGCCCCGGCUUGGCCAACCCCAUUCAGUCUGAACCAGAGCUGCCCGAGCAGGACGACGACGCCGACCAGGCCAAGAAGCUGCCCGAGUCGGCCGACAAGAGCAUCGAGAAGAUCCAGGUUCCCAAAGACUACCCCCAGCUGAUGUCCAUUCCGCUCACCCGUCGGCCGCUGUUCCCGGGCUUCUACAAAUCACUCUAUAUCACCGACCCGCAAGUUAUUGCUGCCAUCAACAAUCUCAUGCAGAGCCGCCAGCCGUAUGUCGGCAUCUUCCUGGCAAAGGACGAGAAGAACGAAAGCGACGUGAUUACAAAUCUCGAUCAAGUCCACAAGGUCGGCGUCUUUUGCCAGAUCACCAACGUCUACCAAUCCGGCCCAGACAACUCGGCCAUUACCGUCGUCGUGUUCCCCCAUCGCCGAAUCCGCGCAUCGUCGCUCAUUGCCCCCAACCACCUCAAGACCAGCGCGCCGACCGAUCCGGUGCCGAUCCCGACCGAUGUUCCCGUGAGCACCGCCGUUGAGUUUGACCCAGAUGCCGAAACUGCUGCUGCCGAGACAACCCUUGACGAGAGGCUCAAGCCCUAUCUGCCCGUCAACUAUCAUUUGGCCAACUACAACGUGUCCCUUACUAAUGUCGAGAAUAUGGAGGACGAGCCCUACACAUCCAGCAACUCGCUCGUCCGCGCCAUUACCUCCGAGAUCUUGAAUGUCCUGAAAGAGAUUUCGCAGCUGAACCCGCUUCUGCGCGACCAGAUCGUGACCUUUUCCAUCAACACCGGUGGCAACGCCUUCCAGAACACCGCAAAAUUGGCCGACUUUGUAGCCGCGGUCUCUUCGGGUGAUCCCAAGUCGCUUCAGGAAAUCCUCGAGAGCCUGGUCAUCGAAGAGAGGCUCCACAAAGCCUUGGUGCUGCUCAAACGCGAGUUGAGCAAUGUGAAGCUCCAGCAUGAGAUUGCCCGGAAUGUCGAAAAGCAAAUGACCAAGAAGCAGCAAGAGUACUAUCUGAUGGAGCAGAUGAAGGGUAUCAAGAAGGAGCUUGGGCUGGAUUCCGACGGCAAAGACAAGCUGGUCGAAAAGUUCAAGGAGCGCGUCAAGGACCUCAAGAUGCCCGAGCCGGUCAAGAAGGUCUUUGAUGAGGAGCUGAACAAGCUACAGCACUUGGAACCGGCCGCCUCCGAAUUCAAUGUCACCCGCAACUAUCUCGAUUGGCUUACUCAGAUUCCAUUUGGCAAGUACAGCACCGAGAACUUUGACAUUCAGCACGCCCGCACAGUCCUGGACGAAGACCAUUAUGGACUGAAGGACGUCAAGGACCGUAUCCUCGAGUUUAUUGCUGUGGGAAAACUGAGGGGCACUGUCGAGGGCAAGAUUAUCUGUCUGCAGGGACCUCCCGGUGUCGGAAAAACAUCCGUCGGCAAAUCGAUCGCCCGCGCCCUGGGCAGAGAAUUCUUCCGAUUCUCCGUUGGCGGUCUCAGCGAUGUCGCCGAAAUCAAGGGCCAUCGAAGGACGUAUGUUGGCGCCAUGCCCGGCAAGGUCAUCCAGGCCCUCAAAAAGGUUCAGACAGAGAACCCCCUGAUCAUGAUCGACGAAAUUGACAAGAUUGGAAAGGGCCACCAGGGCGACCCGGCGUCGGCACUACUAGAGCUUCUCGACCCAGAGCAAAACAGCUCGUUCCUGGAUCACUACAUGGAUGUCCCCAUCGAUCUUUCCAAGGUUCUCUUUGUGUGUACCGCCAAUCUCCUCGAGACCAUCCCUGGCCCGCUCCUUGACCGCAUGGAGGUCAUUACGCUCUCUGGCUAUGUCUCGGAUGAAAAAGUGGCGAUCGCUCGCAACUACCUCUCGCCCCAGAGCCGCGAAUCUUCUGGGCUGACCGAAGAUCAGGUUUUGCUCGAAGACAGCUCCAUCGAAUCGCUGAUCAAGAACUACUGUCGGGAGAGCGGUGUGCGCAACCUCAAGAAGCACAUCGAAAAGGUGUACCGAAAGGCGGCGCUCAAGAUUGUCCAGCGGUCCCAGAACGAGAACGUCGCAGUCACCUCGGGCGAAAAGCUGGUGGUCACCGUGGACAACCUCAAGGACUAUGUUGGCCCACCUGUGUACACGACGGACCGAAUGUACGAUAAAACUCCGGCUGGAGUCGUGAUGGGCCUGGCCUGGACCUCAUUAGGUGGAUCUGUCCUUUACAUCGAAAGCGUUCUCGAGUCUGUUGUGCGUGACGAUAGCAAGCCCAGCUUCCGACAGACUGGACAGAUGGGUGACGUCAUGAAGGAGAGCACUGCGAUUGCCUAUACAUAUGCGCGCUCUCUGAUGAGCCGCCGCUUCCCUGAGAACCAGUUCUUUGACAAGGCUGCGAUCCACAUGCACAUCCCGGAAGGCGCCACGCCCAAAGAUGGACCUUCGGCGGGCGUGACCAUGACCACCUCGUUGCUGUCGCUGGCACUCAGCCAGCCAAUUCGUCAAAACGUGUCCAUGACAGGCGAAAUCACCCUGACCGGCAAGGUGCUCAAGAUCGGCGGAGUGAAGGAGAAGACCAUCGCUGCCAAGCGGUCUGGUGUCGAGCUGAUCAUUCUCCCUCACCAAAAUAAGGCUGACUGGGAGGAGCUGCCAGCCAACAUCAAGGAGGGUCUGGAGGCCAAGUUUGUCAGCUGGUACGAUGAAAUUUUCGACACCGUGUUCGAAUUCCCGGCGCAGUGAUAGCACAUGCGGCCGCCUCCCUCGCUCAACAUCCAGCAAUCCAACGCCUCGGUUAUGAUACACCGUCUCGUCCAGGACUGCCUCGUCUCAGUGCUGCACUUGCC